ACUGCGACCGAACCUCUCGCGAGAAUAGCCGCAUUGGCGCGAAUAAACAAGUGGCUUUUUGCAGUCUUCCGGUUACUAGCGAAUCAAAGUACUAACCUUUGGCAGAACUCCGUGCUCAUUAUCGUUCCAAAUUGCAGUUCAAGCUGCUAACACACACUUCACGUGCAGCCUAACGUUUUCUUUUAACUUUAUCGAGCACGAAGGGAAAUAAUGUCGGAGUCGCUCUCGGACAACGACAUCAGCCAAGAAGAAUGUCAGGAGGAUGACAUGACCCCGGCCGACUUGAUCGCUAAACUGGAGGAAGCUUGGCUAAAUGAAAAGUUCUCACCGGAGUUGCUGGCCAACCAGUCCGAGGUGGUGGAGUGUGUCAUGGAGCAACUCACACACAUGGAACAAAACCUCCAGAGAGUGAAGAAAGGCGACGCCAAGGCCGGCAUUCAUCGCAUGGAGAUUGACCGCAUCCGCUUUGUGCUGUGCAGCUACGUGCGCUCCCGCCUGCAGAAGAUUGAAAAGUUCUUCCCGCAUGUCCUCGAGAAGGAGAAGUCUCGCAGCAAAGGAGAACCGUCGCUGCUUUCACCUGAGGAGUUUGCCUUUGCCAAAGAGUAUGCUGGAAACACAGAAGACCACAUGAAGUCUGUGGCACUGAGCCACAUGCCCCCCAUCCUCCAGACACUUGACAUGCUCAAAGCAGUACCAGCACCAUGCCUGGACUCCUUUGUGUUCCUGCGGGUGAAGGAGAGACAAGAGAAUAUCUUAGUGGAGCCCGAAACUGACGAUCAGAGAGAGUACGUCGUGGAUCUUGAAGAGGGCUCCCAGCAUCUCAUGCGCUAUAGGACCAUAGCGCCGCUUAUUUCAAGUGGCGCAGCACAGUUGAUUUAAAUGUCAAGGUUCUUGUUUCUGGUCUGGGUGCUUUGGCCUCCAGCAGGUUGUAAAAAAACUCAAUAACGUAGCAGACAGUUGGACAUGUCUGGACACAACUCGAAAUGUGUAUCCCAUAGGUGCAAAUGCAGCCACAUCAAAUCUUCUUAAUAUUGACUCCUGUUAUUAAGUCCUGAUGAUGAAGAGGAUUGGACAGUUUCUGUGCUGCAUUAAAAGCCUUCCAAGGUAAACUUACCAACGUGUUUACAAAUCCAAAGUUCAAAAACUGCAUGUUUGUGACAGAGAGCUGCUGCUUUUGAAAGGUGUCGUCUAUUGCUGUUAUUAUUUCCUGUGCAGUAUGUUCACACAAAGAUUUAUUAGGAAAUGUUUCAAGAGGAUGAAUAGUAUAAUGAAAAAAAAAAAAAAAAAAAAAAGUGAGUCCUGCCAAAAUACAUGCCUCAGACAUUGUGACAUUGGCCCUGAAAAUGCGACAUGUUGCCAGAAUUGUAUUUUUGGGGGGUGAAGGCAUAUUAAUUUCAUUAAUUUCAUCAAAUUUGUUGAGUGAAGAAAGAAAAUACAUCUGUGCAUUUCUUUUUGUGUCAUAUCCAUCUUCGUUGUCAUUUGAACAGGCCCUACUGUGUGAUGGUUUUCCCAUUUGCUGUGCUCGUAUUCCACUCGUCGCUAUGACUCCUAGAAUUUUAUAUUUAUAUAUAUAUAUUUUUUAUUGUGAGCCUUUUCAUUAAUGGCCUCUAAACUGUGUGCUAUCGUGUCUUCUCUGGGACAUAAUCGUGCUAAAGUUGCCGUUAUGUAAUUUUCAACGGGAACAAUCAGUGUUCAUUGUGUGCACUCGCUCUAAUUACCAAAUAAUUAGAUAAGGGAUGCAGUACUGAUUGAACUGAGCUGAAAGGCAUUAUCUUUGUGAUGAAUCAAUGCAAUACUCCAGUGUGAUCGGAUUAUUAAUGGUGCGGAAAUGUGGUUUUGCUAAGAAAAAUAACAACUGCUUAUAAACAUGAAUGUUGUCAACUACAUUUUGAAGUAUGACUAUUAAAAACAGACGUACAGACAUGAA